AUGGACCCCUCAAACAAACACCAACAGCAGCAGCAACAGCAGCAGCAACAGCAGCAGCAACAGCAGCAGCAACAGCAGCAGCAGCAGCAGCAGCAGCAGCAGCAGCAGCAGGAAACGGAUUCUCAACAUCUGCAGCAGCAACAGCAGCAGCAGCAGCAACAGCAGCAGCAGCAGCAGCAGCAGCAGCAGCAGCAACAGCAGCAGCAGCAGCAGCAGCAACAGCAGCAGCAGCAACAGGAAAAUGUCGUUCUUCUGCUGUCUAUGCAGACUGCCCAUACAGUUUGUGUGUGA